GUGGAAGCUUUGAAAAGGCCAGGGCUGCUGGUCAGGGUCAUAAGCUCGGGAAGGGAUGAGCCGGCGCGGAAGGGGUGGCGACGGGAGUGAGGCGGAGGCUUUAAGCGUUUAAACAUUAGAACUAAAAAAUGAUUUAGAGUGGUGAUGCUUCGCUGCUCCUCGCAACUCAAAGAAUCGGUGACAAUUUUUAUCAGCAGAAAGAAUAAGCUCGGGAGAUUCAGAGACUUAACAUCACCAGUAAUGGAAAACGAAGCAGAAAACAAAGUCUAUGUUCACUAUAAUCACAGCGAUUCUUGCAGUUCUGCGAGGUGGACUGCUAGGGAGAGCUACCGGUUCAUGUACGACCGGGCUUGGCAGGAUGUUAUCGAUUUUUAUUCCAAUGUGGUCAACGGCCGCUUAACCUUGUCGACGUUGUUCGGCACUGAGGCAGGUAUUCAUGAUGAUUCUAAAACAGUAGAGGUUUCUGAUGAGAAGGAGGAAAGGUCUGGAAGAUGGGAAAGAGUAACAUUCAAGAUAAUUGUUUCAUACAAUGGAGGUGCAUUUGAUGGAUGGCAGAAGCAGCCUGGUUUGAACACUGUACAGGAAAUAGUUGAAAGAUCUCUUGGGAGAUUUGUUGAUGAGAAGAAAGCACAGCUUUUGAAGGAAAAAUCUAAACCAUUGGAAGGUUGUGCCGUGGUUGCUGGACGCACUGACAAAGGAGUGUCUGCUAUUCAACAAGUUUGUUCUUUCUAUACUUGGAGAAAGGAUGUUAAGCCUUGUGAUAUUGAAGAUGCAAUCAACAGUGUGGCACCUGGAAAACUCAGGGUCGUAUCAGUUUCUGAGGUUUCGCGUGUAUUCCAUCCUAACUUCUCUGCAAAAUGGAGGCGCUACUUGUAUAUUUUUCCUUUGAGCAAUCAAGAAAUUGAGAAACAAAGCUGUGAGAACGAGAAGGAAGUUGAGAAUUUUAUUUCUGAUGGAAAUUAUAAUGAGCAAAGAAAUGGGUAUCUUAAAGACAUUAGUUGGGAAAAUGUUGAGAACUUAAUUAUCAGCAAUAAUAUGGGGCUUGGAGCAGCAAACAAGCCAACCAGGUUCAGUAUAUGCAGGGUUAAUCAGUUUCUACAGCAACUAGAAGGAAAAUUAUUAUCAUACAAAAUGUUUGCACGUGACACCAAAGCUUCUAGAAACAUAGGACCACCAACGGAGUGCUUCAUGUACCAUGCUCGAGCUGCAGAAGCAAGAAUACCCUGUUCUGUAAAUGAUCAUGGGGAAGGAAGGAAGGUCAUGUGUGUCGAGCUAGUUGCUAAUCGAUUCCUACGCAAGAUGGUUCGUGUGCUUGUGGCAACCUCAAUAAGGGAGGCAGCUGCCGGAGCAGAAGAAGAUGCACUGCUGAAACUGAUGGGGGCUACCUGUAGACGUGCAACGGCACCCCCUGGGCCCCCUGAUGGAUUAUGCCUUGUUGAUGUUGGAUAUACGGAAUUUGACCCACAAAAUUGCCUCCUUUCAUAAGCUGGAGACAUGGCCAUCUAUCUAAAAGGAUUUUUUGGUAGAAAACAACAAAAAUGAGUUGAAUUUGUAUGCAGACGGAGAGUGUCACAUGCCUUACUAGCCAAAAAAUCAUGCCAUAACCUAUGAAUCUAAUGAUCCAUGCAAGGACAUCAGGUUUGUCUCAGUUUCUGUUUGGUUCAUUAUAUCUUUUUGUAAAUGGGAUGCUGAAGCGGCGGCCUGUGUGGGCUUCAUAAUAUUUAUUUUUUCGUCAAAUGGAAGUUUAAUUCUAACGUUA